CACACCCCUCACCCCUGCCGCAGCGCCAUGGCUCCCCGCUCCCUGUCGUGCCACUCGGUGGGCAGCAUGGACAGCGUGGGGGGCGCGCCUGGGGCGGGCGGCGGGGGCCUCACUGAGGACGGCGGCACCCGAAGACCCCCGGCCAAGCCCCGGAGGCACCCCAGCACUAAGCUUAGCAUGGCGGGGUCGGGGGCAGAGACGCCCCCCAGCAAGAAAGCAGGCUCUCAGAAGCCAACCCCCGAGGGCCGCGAGUCCGGCCGGAAGGUCCCUCCACAGAAGCCCAGGCGAAGCCCCAACACCCAGCUGUCGGUGUCCUUCGAUGAGUCCUGUCCCCCAGCCCCCUCCCCUCGAGGGGGGAACCUGCCCCUUCAGCGCCUCAGCAGGGGCUCCUGUGUGGCCGGGGAUCCUGAGGCGGGCGCCCAGGAAGAAGAGCCCGUGUACAUCGAGAUGGUGGGCGAUGUGUUCAAGGGAGGAGGGCGGAGUGGAGGAGGCCUGACGGGGCCCCCUCUGGGGGGUGGGGGCCCGACCCCUCCCGCUGGCGCUGACUCGGACUCGGACGAGAGUGAGGCCAUCUAUGAGGAGAUGAAGUACCCGCUGCCCGAGGAGGCCGGGGAAGGCCGGGCCAAUGGGGCCCCUGCACUGACCGCAGCCUCCACGCCACACCAGCCUCACGCCCUUCAGCCCCUCACCCACCGCCGCCCAGCUUCAGCCCUCCCAAGCCGAAGGGAUGGCACGCCCACCAAGACCACUCCUUGUGAAAUUCCCCCGCCCUUCCCCAACCUCCUCCAGCACCGGCCUCCGCUCCUGGCCUUCCCCCAAGCCAAGUCUGCUUCCCGAACCCCCGGCGACGGGGUCUCGAGGCUACCAGUCCUCUGCCACUCCAAGGAGCCAGCUGGCUCCACCCCAGCUCCCCAAGUGCCUGCCCGGGAGCGGGAGACGCCUCCCCUACCGCCUCCGCCUCCCGCUGCCAACCUGCUGCUGCUGGGACCCUCGGGCCGAGCCCGGAGCCACUCAACACCAUUGCCGCCCCAGGGCUCUGGCCAGCCCCGGGGGGAGCGGGAGCUCCCCAAUUCCCACAGCAUGAUCUGCCCCAAGGCGGCAGGGGCGCCAGCAGCCCCUCCUGCCCCGGCUGCCUUGCUCCCCGGCGCCCCCAAGGACAAGGCCGUGUCUUACACCAUGGUGUACUCAGCAGUCAAGGUGACCACGCACUCCGUCCUGCCAGCUGGCCCGCCCCUGGGUGCUGGGGAGCCAAAGACGGAGAAGGAAAUCUCAGUCCUCCAUGGGAUGCUGUGCACCAGCUCGAGGCCCCCUGUGCCUGGGAAGUCCAGCCCCCACAGCGGGGCUCUGGGUGCAGCAGCUGGGGUUCUCCACCACCGCGCCUGCCUGGCCUCCCCACACAGCCUUCCGGAUCCAACCACAGGCCCCCUGACCCCUCUCUGGACCUACCCAGCUGCAGCAGCUGGGCUCAAGAGACCCCCUGCCUAUGAGAGCCUCAAGGCUGGGGGGGUGCUGAAUAAGGGCUGUGGGAUGGGAGCUCCAUCCCCCAUGGUCAAGAUCCAGCUGCAAGAGCAAGGGACCGACGGGGGGGCCUUCGCCAGCAUCUCCUGUGCCCACGUCAUCGCCAGUGCAGGGACGCCAGAUGAGGAAGAAGAGGAGAUGGGUGCCUCGACGUUUGGGGCAGGCUGGGCUCUGCAGCGGAAGGUCCUGUAUGGAGGGAGGAAGGCAAAAGAGCUGGACACAGAGAUCGAGGACAGUGCCCGGGCCUGGAAUGGCAGUGCUGAGGGUCUAGGCAAGGUGGAGCGUGAGGACAGAGGCCCUAUGGCAUCAGGGAUCCCCGUGAGGAGCCAGGGGGCAGAGGGCCUGCUGGCCAGGAUCCACCACGGAGGGGACCGAGGAGGAGGCCGCACAGCGCUGCCCAUACCCUGCCAGACCUUCCCCGCCUGCCACCGCAACGGAGACUUCACUGGAGGUUACCGCCUGGGGCGUUCGGCCUCCACCUCCGGAGUCCGGCAGGCCGCGCUCCACACCCCCCGGCCCUGCAGCCAGCCCAGGGAUGCCCUGAGCCAGACCCAGCCUGCGCUGCCGCUGCCGCUGCCGCUGCCCCUGCCGCCCCAGCCCGCCCGCGAGCGCGACGGCAAGCUGCUGGAGGUGAUCGAGCGCAAGCGCUGCGUGUGCAAGGAGAUCAAGGCGCGCCACCGGCCCGACCGCGGCCUCUGCAAGCAGGAGAGCAUGCCCAUCCUCCCCAGCUGGCGGCGCGGGCCCGAGCCCCGCAAGUCCGGCACGCCGCCCUGCCGCCGGCAGCACACGGUCCUCUGGGACACGGCCAUCUGA